ACUGCCGCCGGUUGACAAGACGUAGCAAGCCGCCAGAGCUGCCUGCUGGUGUCGCCCUGAGCCGGGUCGCCGUCCUGGUGACCACCCGCCAAACCGCGCGCUUAGCCUCGCGUUAAACGAGCGACGCUGUUGGCGCGGCCCGCGGCUCGACGCCAGCAUGGAGGACAACGAGGAGGCCCCCGUGAUGGCGGGCACCGUGCCGCGGCAGAAGGUGACCGCGCGCUGCAAGUCCAUCGACCGGUACGGUGACUCGGACGUCGACCUUACCCGAAAGCGGUCCUUCACCGACGAGUACUUCAAGCGCGUUGCUCGAGACCUCAAGUCCAUACCGUGCCUGCUGCUCCUGGGCAACAUUUUCGCCUUCGUGUUCCUCAUUAUCUGGUCAAACAUCACGAAGCACCUGUUCGUAACCCAGAAGCCGAUGGAGAUCACCACGCCCGCCGAGACGAGUCCGCCGCUGAUCCGUUCCAUCCGUGAGAUGCACAUGUGCAACAAACCCCGUUGCGGUGCCGUCGGGCACGCCAUCAACUACGGCGUCGACGUGGACAUUCUGCCCUGCAAGGACAUUCUGGAGCACACGUGCGGGCGCUGGAUCAGGGCCGACGAUGAGAUAUACCAGAAGUGGAUGCUCGGUUCGGCACGGCUCUACAUCGAGGACAUGUACAGGGACCUGAAGCGCUACCUAGAGACGAUGCGCCUCACAGCGCCGCUGCGAACGCAGCACAAAGUGUCCAUUCUCUAUCGUAGGUGCGUGUCUGAGAGCAACGCAGACAACCGCAACCUUCUCAAACAUAUGAUGGACAACGUCUACGGCCUCGAAAGCUGGCCGUUCGAAAGCACCUUCAAACCGUACGAUUCAAUCCUGGCGAAGUUCCUUCACCGCACGAGUGAGUCGGCCCUCCUUUCCGUCGGCACGGCCAGGAUGCUCCGCAUCACUCGCGCUAGCAGCAACAUCGACGACGACACGUCGAACGAUAUACUCUUGUCCUUGGACUGUCCCACGUUCACGUUGCCGAGAUAUUGGCUCCUGACGCGAAACGACGCCGACAAGAACGAUUACACAGCGUUGGUUAUGAACUUGAUUAAGUUGUACAAGAAUGUAGAGGUUCCUUUAGCAGUGGUGAAAAACAUUGUGGCUUUUGAAAUUAACAACGCGUACGUAACGAGAAGAUAUUGCCACAGGCGGAAACUUAGGAAAUACUCGUUAAUCCACUUGAAGGAGAAGGUGAAGAAAUUUCCCUGGGAGUCUUUUCUGCAGGAAGUUGUAGGGAAUGACACCGGCAUUGUCAUCAACGACAACACACAAGUUCUGCUCAGAUCCUUCGACUACUUGAGAUACAUGGCCAGUCUCCGCAACCCGCCGAAGGAAGCACGCGCUGUGAAUUACGUUGGCUGGCGCAUACUUUACUUCUACGGGCCACUCGCCUUUCCCGCACUCAAAAGUAAGGUUGCCGAGUUCCGUUCCCUGAAGCUGAACGAGUCGCUUAUCGAGGACUGGAAGAAAUGUCUCCUAAUCACGAAUGACGUUAUGCCCAUUGGAAUGGGGCGAGUUUACGUGGAGGCCAUGACGCGCAUGAAGACUCUGUUUGCCGUGGAAGAACUGGUCUCUAAAGUGAUUUUCAGCUUCAAGUACAUGCUAUCGCAAGCCGUGUGGCUCGAUCCCGAAGCCAAGGCCAACGCGUCCAACUACCUGAGCAAGGUGAAUACGAUGGUCGGCAUUCCGAAAUGGGUCGCCGACGACAAGACACUCGACAGCUACUACGAGAGCUUCACCUUCGACAUCACAAAAGACGCUUUCUUCACUCUCUUCGACCUCGCCAGCCGGCACACGGCUAAGUACCGGUUCCUGCCGCUCUUCCAGCAGUACUCGAACCGGUUUCUCCGCAGUCACGUUUGGCGGGGACACCUUGCUGCCACCAAUCACACGCAUAACGAAGACCUUCUCAAGGGAAUCAACAUGCGGCCCCUGCACACUUUCAUCUUCCCGGCGCAUAUUGUGGACCUUCAUUUGCGCCAUUAUAACAUGAGACAAGCCCUCGUGUUCGACGUGAACGAAAACUCUCUCCUCCUUCCCGCGGGGCUUCUGCAGCCGCCCUACUUCGACCCCAACGUCCCGCUGGCCAUCAACUACGGCGGCCUAGGGGUCCUUAUACUGCACGACAUGGUGCGUGAGUUCUUUCGCUUCUUCUUCGACGACACUGACGCCCGGUGGCGCAAGCGCACCCGGUGCAUCAACAACAACGUGUUCCGCAAGACGGAGGAGUCCAGUGGCAGUCUGGACGAGAACCAGGAGCACGAGGUGGUGACCUUCACCAUGAUGACGGUGCGCGCUGCGUACAACGCGUACCACUACGCGCUGGGCACCGACGACGACGACAUCGUGCCUGGCGGAAGCGUCGAGUCCAGUCCUGAUCAGUUGUUCAUGCUCAGUAGCGUGCGCACGCUAUGCUCAAUCGUCAGAGACAGGCACUUCGCACUGGUGGAGCUCGGCAAAGAUACGCUCCUCCUGCGUAAAAUCACGGCGGCACUCCAAGGCCUCGACGAACUGCAGGACGCGUUCCGGUGUACUGGUGAAAAGAGGAACGCCUACUACCACUGCUUGGAGAGCGCGCAUCCGACGGAAGAGUAGCCGGCCAACCGCUCACCAACGCCGCAGCCGUGCAGACACCACGAGGGAGCGGCCUCCAAUGGGCGCUCUCGCCUCAAGAAAGGCUUUAGCGCAGGCCGACCCGCCAAGCAAGGUGCCGUCUACACAACCGGCCACCGCCCCAAGCGAGCAACAAACGGCUCUCUACACGUCGGUGUCAAGAGCCGACGAAAGAAUAUCCGGUGCUCUGUGCCUGAAGCGUCAGCUUGGCGCACUGGGAACAGUGAGUGAAUUCAAUUCGCCAAGCUACAGUUAAACAAGCCUUAAGAGGAGGUGAAAGCGACCCGAUGGGGUACUGGCGCGCACCUCAGGGGACGUUGCCCUAAGGUUCGUCGUGCUCCUGCAGUGUUGCGUAAACCAACGUGCGACACGCAAGAGUGACAAAUGCACCUUCGCGUCUCUGCACGCCAUGAAAGUGCACAACUACGCCAGGCGCUACGGAUAGGCAUGCUGCUAUAGCAGCUGCUCCCACACUAGUAGGGCAACCUCGCUGAUGAACUUGGUUCCGCCGGUUACUCUACGAGAGAAAAGUGCACUGGUGGCCCAACGACGCACAGGCUUGAAACAAACGUCGCACUGGCUCUGUGUGUCAGGUGGAAACAGGACCGUAGCUCGACAGCGCAUCAAAUAUGUCCAACACGGUUUCAGUGGGCCCUCCCAUCUCUUAUAAGUGACGCCGGCUGCAACGCGCAGCCGGCGCCCGCGGAAUAUGCGGAGACCAAAUCGGGCGCCUAGUUGUAUUACUUCGAAGGAAACAAUCGUGAACACGAGGCAUUAAAUUUAGUUUUC